AUGCUUCUGAAAUUUUCGAUACUUCUUUUGCUGCUCACGCCGUUAGCAACAUCUAAAGAGAAAGGUGAACAUAUAGAAGAAUUCCUGAAAGCCCUUGUGACAGUGACUACGAGAAGCGAUGACGUGUUGCUGACAUUCAAACAACUCCCAAAUCAAUUGGAUCAUUUGAUGAAAGUUGCUGUUCCAAUAGGGGCUAUGAGAAAUGUAAAUUCUACGCUAGAGAAAUCAAGCCAAGAAUAUAAAGUUCUUAUGGAUUUACAAAACCGAACGAAAGCAAUCUUCCAAGAACGCAAUGACAGAGGGACAACUGAGGGAAGGUCACAUUUAUCGCGAAUGUGGCAGCCAAAUGUGGCAGUUAAAUGGAAUUAUGAAGAAGCAGUGACACAUCCUUUAUUUGAGAUGGAGUUCUGGACAGAGAAAUACCUUGAUCCCGAGUCGUUCAAGGAAGACGGGGAUAUUAGAAACUACAAAGAAGCUUGUCUCACCAGUAAUACGGCCCCAAAAAAGAUGUUGAAGCAUAUAAUAUAUCGAUUGGUCACCAGCUGUGGAGCCCCUGUCACGUCAGAGGAGGUCAAACUUCUAACAGACCGUCGUGCAUAUUUAACGAAGGUGCAUCUUAAUUUGACCGCUGGGGGUCCUUUUCCAGACCCAAGCCGUUACAUGAUAGAAUUUUCGUCUCUUUCCCAACAGCUCCUCAACAAAACUGUUCUUAAUGAAGAACUUUCCGUUUUCCAUAAAUAUUUCAUGGGACAUGAUGACGCAAUGGAUGUUUUUCUUCACGAGAUAAGCCAUCGCCCGUCGAUUUAUCUAGACCUCUAUGAAGAACACUGCCUUCUCCACGCGUUGAUCGCCGUAUCCAAUUUUAAUUAUGUCUCGGUUGAGGCGUUUGUAUCCAGGCUGAUCAAUGAAAUAACAGACCUGACGUACUAUGCGGCGAUUUGCGCGGAUGUUUUACAUAACGGAGGCGCUCGUUCCAUCGAAGUCUAUACUGAGGGAAUUAUUGAGGAUGUGAAUCGAAUUGUCACAUUCGCAUUGAAUUACAUCAACGAGUCUCUUGUUUCGGCUUGGCCGGUAGUUCAUCAAGGAAUAUUAUCAAAUUAUAUUGCACAGUAUGAAUAUGAAAUAGCAAUGUUCCACCGUGAUGAAAAAUACCAAUUUUACUUUAAUUCCACGGAAAAUACUGAUCACUGCUAUUCCAAACAAAACGAGACAGGCUUUGACUUUGUGAUUGGACGAAUUUCUUACAACGCAACAGAUGACACACAAAAACGUGAAGUUAAAGACAAGAUAUCUCGUCUGGAAAAAUACGUUCAGAAGUUGGACCAUAUGAUUAAGCCCGCAAUGGACGAUAUGUAUGCCGUCAACGAUAUUAAAGCGGUGGCCGAAACUCUGGAGACGAUAUUUGCAGAUGGAUUACUUUCGAAAGACAACUUCCAUGGUUGGGCGAUUUCCCGUGAAUGGUCUUAUUGUUCUUGUCCCGAAAUAGAUUAUUAUGUGUCAUCCUACGAUCUCAGCGAGUUAAAAAAAACAUCGCCACCUUCCUACUUCUUCACUGUAUCAUUUUUUGGAUUUGUUGUUAAUAAAGCUGCACGUUAA